GACGCCAAUCUGGUACUGCCGACCCAAAACAUUUCGUAUAUACUGACUCCUCAAGGCCGACCCACCCGCCAUGGCUGAUCACCAAGUAGAGAGGGCGUACCAGAAGCAGUUUCUCUUCCAAAACGCGAAGGCCCGCGGCGGGAAGAAGGUUUCUACGAAGGAAAAGCGGUGGUACAAGGAUGUCGGUCUUGGGUUCAAGACACCUGCUGAGGCGAUCAGUGGUACAUACAUCGACAAGAAGUGCCCUUUUACUGGUGAUGUCUCCAUCCGCGGACGCAUUCUAACUGGCCGAGUCGUCUCGACGAAGAUGACCCGCACUAUCGUUAUCCGAAGGGAUUACCUUCACUACAUCCCGAAAUACAACCGGUACGAGAAACGCCACAAGAACAUGGCAGUACAUGUCUCGCCAUGCUUCCGUGUCGAGCUCGGCGAUAUGGUAACCGUCGGUCAGUGUCGACCACUUUCGAAGACCGUUCGUUUCAACGUGUUGCGAGUGUCGAAGAACAAGGCGGCUGCGAAGUCGUUCGGGAAGUUCUAGGCUGUGGGAGGAGCUGGUGGUUCUGGUGUAUAUGUUAUGGUUACUAUUGCUUCCUCAUGUUAUAUGCAUGCAUCCAAAAUGACCACUAUGGACG